AUGGCGCUCAAAGCAGCCACCGACCUUCAAAACGAAAAGCGAUCGAGAGUCCUUGAGGUCAUUGACAAGCUCCGCGAACUAGGUGUCAGCGAGAGCGUCUCUCUACCCCAGCUUGUCGUGGUGGGAGACCAGUCCAGCGGCAAGUCAUCCCUGCUUGAAGGUCUGACUGGUCUCUCUUUUCCCGUCGCCAGUGACCUCUGCACUCGUUUCGCAACCCAAAUCGUCCUCCGUCGCGCACCUGAACAUGAUGCUGGAGCAAGGAUAACAAUCAUACCUGGACCAUCUUCCCAGUUAGACGAGUCUCUUGAAAAGAAGCUCAAGACGUUGAGAGAACGCUCGGCUGCAGAGGCCAUGGGCAUACCCGGACCUAGCACCACCAACAUCGAGAACAUUGACAAGAGGUUUUCAGACGAUAUCUUGAAGAUCGAACUCUCUGGCCCCGAACAUCACCACCUCUCAGUAGUCGAUGUUCCGGGCUUAUUUCACAAUCCGACCAAGUAUCAGACCGAGGAGGACAAGUCCAUCAUUCGAACGCUCAUCAAGGACUACAUCACUGACAAGCGGACUAUUAUCCUUGCCGUUAUGGACGCGCGAAACAACCUUGCGAACCAGGGAGUGUUCUCAAUGGCAAGAGCCGCAGAUACAGCAGGACGACGCACUGUUGGAAUCAUCACCAAAUGCGAUGCCGUCGAGAAGGGCGACGAGGCCGGGGUUAUUCGGAUUGCCAAGAAUAUGGUCGAAAGAUUGACUCACGGCUGGUUUGCAGUGAAGAACCGCUCUACCAGAGAGAUCGAAGAAGGCGUGACUAUUGAAGGUCGUCACCGAAAGGAGAAGGAAUUCUUCGCUGGAACUGCGCCGUGGAAGGAGCUCCGUAAAGAUCGCGUUGGAAUCCAUUCUCUGAAGAAGUUCCUCGGUGGAUUGCUUUACGACCACAUUCGAAGCGAGUUCCCAAAUGUUGUUAAGGACAUCGAGGCCUCGCUAUCCACAGCCGAGGGGGACCUUGAGCUUCUCGGUCCGUCUCGCCAGACAGCUAUCGAUCAGCGACGUUUCCUGAACCGCAUAGCCAACAUGUAUCAGAAGGGGGUGGACGAUGCACUCGGCGGCAACUAUGAUCCAGAACUCGGCGAAAAGAGUGCCUUGAAGCUUCGCAUGCAUGUGCAGGCUCUGAACUCCGAAUUCUCCCAGGAGAUGACGAAGAAUGGUCAUGCCAAAGCGUUCCGCACACCCGAUGACAAGGAGGACCCUGAGUUUCACAUAGCCCAAAUAGCGUCGUCCGUGUCAGCGGUGCAACCUGCGGAAAACAUCUACGACUGGAUUCGCCGUAUCUACCGAGACUCUCGCGGCACAGAGCUUCCGGGUACGGUGAACCCCCGGGUCCUGGAGAAUCUGUUUCGUCAACAGUCUGGGCCGUGGAAGAAUAUUGCUCUGGCUUAUAUCGCCAAGGUCAAUGAUGCAGUCAAGGCUUAUAACCAACAGGCAAUCGUCAGAGUCAUCCGUGACGAUGAGAUUAAGGGAAAACUUGCUUCUCGUCUCGCACGUUUCCAAGAUGUAUCGCAGACUCGAGCAACGACCGAAUUCUCCCGCAUUCUCGAAGAUGAGAGAGGUGGCAUCCUCCAGACAGUUAACCACUAUUACGCGGAGACGCUCAGUGCUAUCCGGGAUGAGCGCCUCCGUGCUAGGUUGAAGAAGCAGAUGGGCCUUCAGGAAAAUGCGUCGUCCUCUUUUAAUCUUAACGACGUGAUGAAGACUAUUCAGCUUAGCAACGAGGAUCAGGCCGUCCACGACAUUCAUGACAUUCUCAAAGCAUACUACAAAGUCGCUCUCAAGCGGUUCACGGACAAUGUUGUCAUUCAGAUAGUCGAGCGCCAUAUCCUCGGCCAAGGUGGACCUGUUAGAGCACUGUGCUCGGACAUGAUGAACGAGCUAGAUGAGAGCGAUCUGCUGGACCUCGCCGGCGAGAACUUCUUGACCUCCAGCUUGCGCAAUGAGUUGGUCAGCAAGUGCGAACGUUUCAAGGAGGCUCUCGAGAUAGCGAAACACGCAGGUGUUUGA